AUGAAGAUCAAGACCAUCAAGCGGUCGCUGGACAACUAUGUCCCCGUGCGCAACACCCAGGAGCUGGCGAUGCCGCGGAACCUCGACCCGGCUCUCCACCCGUUCGAGCGGGCCAGAGAGUACACCAAGGCCCUUACCGCCACCAAGUUGGACCGGAUGUUUGCGAAGCCCUUCAUCGGCCAACUCGGCGAUGGCCACCGGGACGGCGUCUACUGCAUUGCCAAAAACUAUAGGACCACCAACCACGUGGCGCUGGCCUCGGGUGACGGCGUGAUCAAGUACUGGAACCUCGGUACCCGUGAUGAGACGAUUUCAUUUAAAGCCCACUACGGCAUGGUCGGCGGGCUCGUGGUGACUCCCGAUAACAAGUUAUUGCUGUGUGGUGCCGAUAAGACGAUCAAGAUGUGGUCGGUGUUUGCGCUGGACUUCGAUUUGAAGCCGCAAUUCGCCGAUGACGAAGUAUACCAAAACGAUGAGAACCGGGGGCUCGUCAAGACCUUUUUGGGCGAACACGCGUUCCUGGGGAUCGACCACCACCAGGACGAAGGGGUUUUCGUUACUGGCGGGGCGUUGAUCCAGCUCUGGGACUCCCAACGGACCAAACCGGUGCUGAACUUAACUUGGGGUGCCGAUAACGUCACUACCGUCAGAUUCAACAAAACUGAAACUAAUGUGAUUGCGUCGCUGGGAUCAGACAAUGCCGUGGUGCUUUAUGAUAUCCGGACUAACCUGGCGGUGCAGAAAGUGGUCACCGAUAUGAGACAAAACGCCAUCUGCUGGAACCCGAUGGAGGCGUACAUGUUUGCCCUGGCCUCGGAAGACCACAACUCGUACCUCUGGGACAUGCGUUAUCUCAGCAGUGCUAAGAACAUCUACAAGGACCACGUGGCGGCGGUGAUGGAUAUCGAUUUCAGUCCUACCGGUGAGGAGUUGGUUACGGGUUCCUACGAUAAGACGAUCCGGAUCUAUAAGACUCAUGAAGGGCACUCACGUGAUAUCUACCACACCAAACGGAUGCAAAGAGUGUUCUGCACCAAGUUUACCACCGAUUCCAAGUACAUUUUGCUGGGGUCUGACGACACCAAUAUCCGGGUGUGGCGGGCCAACGCCUCCGAACGAGCGGGGAUCAAGCUGGCUAAGCAACGACAAAAGCUUGAGUACGAUGCCGCGUUGAGAGAGCGGUACAAGUACAUGCCCGAGAUCCGCAGAAUCGCUCGCCACCGUCACUUGCCUGUGGCGGUUAAGAAGGCGCAAGAGAUCAAGCGGAUUGAGCUUUCUAGUUUGAAGAGAAGAGAAGAGAACGACCGCAAGUCUACGGGUGAAGAGAAGGUCCCCGAACGGAAACAAGUGGUCCGCGGCACCGCCUUCAAGCGUGAUGAAUAG